AUGGAAAACUCAAAACUUCCACAUCAAACCCACCCGAACAACAACAGAAUUUCCUUGAGCCCUCAUGAUGAAAUAGAUAAAUCCAAUACUAAGAAAAUUCCAAAAACAUCAAACAAAGGUCAUCAGAAAAAGUACCUAGGAGUGAGACAAAGACCAUCAGGAAGAUGGAUAGCUGAGAUAAAAGACUCAUCACAGAAACUAAGACUAUGGUUAGGAACUUUUGACACACCAGAAGAUGCUGCUAUGUCUUAUGACUCAGCUGCAAGGCUUCUUAGAGGAAGAAAUGCCAAAACUAAUUUCCCAAAUACUCGUGAACAAGAUUUCGCCAUUUUAGGAAAGAAUCCUCGAGCUCUUCGCCUUCUUAAGCAUGCAAUGAUGAAAAACCAUGCAGUUUCAUCAUCUACUUCUCUUUAUUCCACUGUCAUGAUGCCAUGGAAAAAUGACGCCAUUGUCGAGGAAACUAUAGUUUGUUCUAUUGCUGAUGAUGAAGGUUCUAGUGGAUUUUCAUUUGGAAGUUCUAAGGUUUAUUCUUCUGUUGUUGUUGCUCCUUCUUUCAGUGCUUCUUAA